CUCUAUGUAGGUAUGAUCGUCCUUGCGAUGACGCAGCUCAUCUUGAUCUGCUCGGGUUCGCCAGGCAAUCCUCCUGUCAACGCAGCGUGAUGGAUGCGCCGCGAGCUCGGCGGGUGAAGUCUGCGAGAACUUGGCAGGAGAGAGGAUGCAAUCUCCCCCUUGCCUAUUCUCGCUACUACUUCUCCUCUCUAUACACGCUCCCACAGCCAAUAACGCGAAUGUGUAUAGGGCCCGAAAUUCUCCUGUAAUCUCUAAACGACUUGGCUCGACAUCUUGGACAGUAAGUUCUGCACUGGCCAGAGUCUUGGGUUCAUGCACGGCAGCGAAUCCGGCUUUAGCGAGGCACAGCCGUGCCCCUUUGUGGCGCCACCCGACUUCACUUGCAUUACGCACGUAGGUAAUACGAAGUACACUGCUAAAUAUAUAAGAACCAACACUUCCUCUACUUGCGAUUCUGAUUCCCAUUCCAUCAACAAAUCCUUGACAGUUCAAUCAUCGACAAUUCACUUCUCACCAACAACGACAAACAUGUUGUUCUCCAACCUCUUCUUCCUCCUUGUCUCCGCCUUCGCGGCCUGCGCCUACGGCAAGAAAUUCGGCAUUUCCAUGCAGGUCGACGGCAACUUUGUCCCUUUGGCGCCUAUCUUCAACGCCACUAAGCCAAACAUCGUUUUCAAGAUUCAAUCCUACCGCAACCGCAAGCAUUUCGGCAUCAAUGUGAACACGACGAAGGGGGUGUAUGGACUGCAGAUUCCACAAGUGGCGGACAACUACGGGCUUGCUCUCCCGAUCUACGGCCAGUUGAAGACCAAGUCCAGACAAUUCACCAUCGUGAAUGGAACGAUCGAUGUGGUGCCGCAAGCAGCCCUUGAUCAACUUUACGACAAGGCCAACGGUGUAGAGGGCAUCUUCCUCAAGUUCGGCGUGCCAUCUCAACCCAACCUGCUUCCCCCGAAGGGAUGCACCCCGACCGUGUUGAAACAGGUCUUUUGAAGACCGUGACCGGUCUGAGCAUCGACGCUCGUGAAGACCAGUGUCGCUGUAGGAGCAGAGGUGGAGGUUCGUGAUUGCUACACCGAAAUGUAAUAGUAGCUGAAUCUAUGGGAUUUCCUGGGUUGGACGGUGUUUUUGAUUUUGCAAUUUUGAUAGAAAAUACCUGCUGCGAAACCCAUGGGAACGCAACUUAUCUGGCCUCAUCUUUCAACACCCUCGUAUACAAGGCUGCCUCUAUGAGGAAUGCGUGUGCACUGAUUGGCUGCGCUGUUCGGAUGUUGCCGAGAAGCCCUAACUUGGAACCAGUUACGAAUCCCCCAUCCG